AUGGAAGUGCGGUGUUACUCGGGCGAUUUCAGUGAUUUCCUACCAAUGACCCUGGUCACAGAUCAGCUUUUCGUAAUAGAAAUGCCAUGUUCGCCGUGGAUCUGGAAUGUCGAGACUGAGAAAUGCUACAGAAAAUUUUGCGAUAUAGUACAUGCAGUUGAAGGUGAAAAAAUCUGUAAAAAGUACAAUGGCCAUUUGGUUACUAUAUGCAGUGAGGAGGAGAACAAAUUCGUUGCAGACCUUGGUGGAACCUUGAAUCCUACGUGGAUUGGGCUGAAACGCGGCCCAAGUAGAAAGUAUUGGCUAUGGAUGAGCGGUUCCACUUGCAAAUAUCGCCGGUGGGCUAGGAGUGAACCAAAUGAUAUUACCGGUGAUGAAGAUUAUAGUCACCUCUGGGUCAUUCUGCCGAAUGAAUACCGUGACUGGAACGACAGCGAAAACAGCCGGCCUCAUGAUUAUCUUUCUUCUCUCCCUCUUGGUCACAGACCAGCAUUUCAAAAUAGAAACGGUAAACUUAUCGAAUCCGUGACAAGUGAACGUGGUAGCCCGGUUCGUAAUUCUUCAGUGGAAGAACAAACAAUGGACACAGAAUUUUACAGACAACAUUCCAUUCCACGGCAUAACCUUACCUGUUGUCCUCAACACUCGCAGAAAUGA